AUGAAAGCUCCAGUGCAAGACAUUGAAAUGCGAAUUGGAGUGUUUAUUCAUGAGCGAAGAAUCUUAGAAGUCUUACCCGACUUAGUAAGAGAGGCCAAAGAUAACAAAACAGCUUCAUUAAUUGUUGAACAACUCAGUACUAAAGAAAGAAGAGUAUAUCCUUAUGCAACAAUCUUUAUUACUGGUUAUCUAGAAGGUCUAACUGAAGUUCCCAUUAGAUCUUAUAAACAUUGUUUGAUGAUUAACAAAGAUUCACCUAAGAUGUGUGAUUGUUUGUUAGUUGAAAAAAGAGACCGUUUAGAUGAUUUAGCUGCUUUACAGACCUUCUUAAGACUUAUGAAGAAAGGACCUCUAGACUUAGUUAAGUCUAUUAUUUAUAGAUUGACCGAUUUAGCAAUUUAUAGUGGUAUUCCUAGUGAACUAAUUUCUACUCUUCAUUUAAUCUACUCAUUAGAUCUACUGGAUUCAUCUUUAGGAGUCAAAAUCAUUGAAUUUACUCAUGCUUUCUAUGUACUGGGGAUGGAGUAUGAAGCUUUUAAAUCAUUAGAAUUUCUUUGUCAAUUAGAUAAGGUAUCUCCUUCAACCGAUAGAAUGUGUUUGAUGAUUAUGGCCCAGUACUUCUUACAGGCUGAUAAUUAUCGAGGUUACUUAAACUCUAUUGAACGUCUCCAGAGCUUACAUAUGGCUAUUUCGCCUAUUCCUACCUUAGCUGAGUAUGCUAAGUACCAGAAGAUCUUAACUGAUUAUGAUAAGAUCAUUAGGUAUAAGCCAACUCAGCAUAAGAAAGGAUUAGUAGCUGGUCAUGCUUAUGUAUUUAGUCCGGAUAUUCCUCAUGAGCUUUGGGAGUGGUAUAUAGGAGCAAUUGCUACUCAGGAAGAACUUAAUGAGACGGAUUCUUUGGCUAAGAUUACUUUCUUGCGUAAACAUCGUAUUCAGUAUCGAGUCCAGAAUGGUCUACUUCAUAUUUAUCCUAAGAACUCUUAUACUUCUUAUAUUGAUUAUCUGGUUGAGUUAGAAGAUGAAGUAGUUCCUACUCCACCUGUAGCUCCUUUAUUAUCUAUUACUGAUGCUCCCGGGACUCCAGAUGUACCUAGUGAACCGGCUACGCCUAAUUCUGGCUUUACUAAACGUGAACCCCGGAAAAGGAAUCCAUUACGUCCUAUCUUUGAAGAGAAAGAGUAUCUCUUGCGUCUGGCUAUUGAAAGAGCCCAGAGAGAGACAGUACCGGUUGAUUCUACUCCGGUUGAGUUUUUCUUAGAUACGGUUAAUCGACGUUUCCAGCAGGCUAGAGAGAGGAAUUUAGAUACGUUAGUUCGGGUACUGGCUUCGGCCCCAAGAGUUCAUGAGUUAGUUGAAGAUUUAGCCAAACGUUUGGUACCGGCUGCUCCGGAAACACCUUCAACUGUUGCUUCAUCCGUUGCUUCAGCUGAUCUAGAUACUGAGUCUGAAUCUGAAGCAACUCCGGCCUCAGGUUCUGGCUGGACUAAUGCUCGGGAUCCCAUUACAGCCCAUGAGGCAGCUGCAGCUGUUUAUACUCCACCACAGCGCGGCUGGAAGAACGAACGGGAGGUUGGAUCUGCAUCUACCACUAAAGCAUUCAGUACUUUUACUACUAAUUCCCAGUCCUCCGGUCUUUAUACGCCUCCGGCUAGUACUUCUAACUUAUAUACACCUCCAACUAGUACUUCCAGUACUUCUAACUUCUAUACACCCGCUCGAAGUACGACUACUGAGUCUAAAUGGUUUAGAAAACCAGCGGAAGAGUCUUUAGCACAACCAGAUACACCAUCAACUAUGCACCGGCCUCGAGUUCCUAAACCAGAAACUCCAUCCAAUACAGACAGUCCUACCAAACUUACCUGGGGCCGGAAAGACCAAAACUAA